GCGGUUCAGGAGUAGCCGUUAAUUAGCUAAACAGAAAAGACUCUCCGGACAAAACUCCGUUAAUUUCCGCGCGGCAGAUGGAGACUGUACUGGAGUCAGACAGAGAGGAGCAGGUCAGAGGAGGAGAGACGCAGGAGGAGGAGGAGGGCAGAGAGCUGACGGAGCAGGAGGAAACUCUUCCUGUUUCAGCUCCUCAGGAGCCUCUCCUGCAGCGGGACGAAGCAGACGAGCCGUGUCCUGAGUCUUACAGGGUUAACUCCCCCAGCGAGAUUCGACUGUUGGCCAUCGCCGACAACUUCCAGCGUCAGUAUUCACACUUGUAUCCUGACCGCAAACCGCUGCUGCUCUGCCCCGUCAACGAAUGUGGUGUGAAGAAGUUUGUGUCCACGACCCUUCGACCCUCACCGUCAAUCUACCCUGAGCUUUUCACCUGGGAGGGCUGUGCCUCAUUUGUGGCCGACUUCCUGUCUCUGAAGCCUUUGGAGCCGCCUGUGGACCCGCCCAGGCAGCUGUUCUCCUCCAGCUCGGUGCUGCAGAGUCAGAGAGCCACGUGUUUUGAAUCUGCCACCCUGCUGUGCAGCCUGCUGCUCGGAGCAAACUACGACGCCUACUGUGUCAGCGGCUACGCCGUCAAAGAGAUGUGCCUGCUGGACCGGAGCCUGCAGGAGUGUCCCCUGCUGGACACUGAGGUCAAGACUGUGAUCUCAGAGCAGGAGCCGCCGGACAACAAAUACACAGUGAAACCUCUGAGGGAGCUGAAGAGUCACUUUUUGACGCAGCAAGAGAAGAAGAAACAGGAGGCUGAAGCCGCGUUGCUGCAGAAACAAACACUGCAGGAGGAGAGUCAGCAGCGACCUGCCGACCCGCUGUGGGGACAGCGGGUGCACUGUUGGGUGCUGGUACUGUCAGGGAGUCGAGACAUCCAGGAGAACUUCUUCAUCGACCCUUUGAGCGGGAAGAGCUACUCAACGCACGAUGGCAACUUCGUGGGCAUCGAGAGCGUGUGGAACAACCUCAACUAUCACGUCUACAUGCAGGGCUGCACGAACGGCUGCGCUGAUGUGAUCUAUGACCUGGAGGAUGUGAAGAUGUGGGAGCCAGUUCUGUUCGGUGCACUCAGCAAAAGGCAACUGAUUCUUGAUGUCUUGAAGGAAAAAGAGAGUAAGAUGAUGAGUAAAAUCCACGAUGAAGAGGAGGACGAGGAGCAGCCCAGGGCUUUUUGGAUGCCACAGUCGUGGGUCAGUAAGAUCAGUGUCUCAGAGAAAGACCUGGAGACACGCUGGCCGGGCGGACAGAACGUGACUCACUACAGAAAAGCAAAGCUGGAAAAGUUUUCACCGUACCUGAGGUCGGACGGGCUGGUCACACGGCUGACCACAUACAGAGACUUCAACUGGACUGGGGUCGUCACGGUGAAAGAGUGGUACAAACACAGAAACGACCAGCUGGAGGAGAGGGAGGUCAACAAGGUCGACAGCUUCACCUCUGAGCGCUUCAAACCCGGAAGACGUUUCCACCUUUUAUUUCACAGGUUCACGUCCCCGAGCGCAGACACGGAGCGUCACGUGGAGUUCAGCAGCGCUCGUGUUGACGGUCUGCUGCGGAGGGUGGAGUCACCAGGUGAGAUGACGGAGAUCUUCGAGGGCCGGAGGGACUUCCUUUAUUACCGCCACGUCGUCUUCGAUCGACAGGUCCAGUUUUCAGAACCAGAUGUGGGCUCCGAUCCGGGUGACCGACCGCUGAAGAAAGUGGUGGAGCGUUUUCACAGGAACCGAUCCAAAGCGGCCAGCGAAGACGUGGCCGAGCGAAUGUUUCUACUGGCUCAGAGGCGGAUCGAGUUGACCUAUCACCUGGAGGAUUACAGAUUUAUUCCUUCGAAGAGGAGCUUCAUCAAACCACGAGAGUCGACAGAAAAAAGGAAGGCCGAGCACUUCACACGCGACAUGGUCUCCAGCUUCCAGGUGGAUCCGUCUGCGAAGCCUCUUUCGACUCUGACUCUGUACGAGAUGCUGGUGUCCCUGAUGAAGGAUGAGGAGGAGACCGUUCUCCAGAUCAAAGAGUCUAAGAGGGAGGUGAGAGACAUCGUGACCUGCAGAGAGCAGGAGGAGGCCGACACUCAGCUUCACUUCUGCCCCUGGACGACGACAGGAGCCGCCAGAGCCCGCAGCCAGAGACAGGACAUGGAGCGUGCGGCUGCGGAGGAGCAGAGGUGGCUGCAGGAGAAGAAGGAGGACAUCCUGGCUCCCUUCCUGAUCCGUCUGAACAACGCAGAGACUCUGACGGCCGAAGACGCCAAGCAGCUCCACCAGAAGUGUUUGUCCGAGUUUCGACAGAGGCUGGUGGAGCGAGCCAACCUCAUUCAGGAGCGCUAUGAAAAGGAAACUCGGGAGCUGCAGAGGAGACAGCAGCUGUUCCACCAGAACCAGCUCAGCAUGACGGAGCUGCAGAGGAAAGAGUACCAGAGCUACUGCGCCGAGAAAACACUGCAGAUACACGUCGCCAAGAAACGCCUCAGCAUGCACAAGGAAGCAGCUCCUAAGAAGUACCAAAGUCUCGAUGAGAGGCUGAAACAAGACCCUCGACUGGCCCCUCACCUGACCAGCUGAGUCUGACACCGGCAGCUUUUUAACCCUUUGAAACGCGAGCGGAAAUUUAUUUCAAAAACACAGGAAAAAGGCAAUGAGCAGGAAAAGAA